AUGACUGUGUGGCGCAAGAACUGAAUUCUUCACAUUAGAAACAAAGCUAAGCCGAUGAGGCUCUUAUGACUGAGAAAAAUUAUAAAAUUGAGCCAAAAUUCUGCUUUUGGUAAUUCAAGAUACAGUCAAAUGAGAUCGUUGGUAAUAUAGAUGAAAUGGACGAGGAAGAAGAUGAAAUUUGGGACUACAAAUCCAUUAAAAGGGUCAAACGAAAUGAAUGUCAACGGGUAAAACCUCCCUCGAAAGACGAGAGUUCUCAGACCAGCACUUCAUCAAACAAGAAGAAGAAAAGAGCCAAAACGAAGAAGAAUAGAAACACUCCAGAGAAUAAGGAAAAAGCUGUCUGUAAUUUGAUCAAGACCAGCCAUACCCCAGAGAAACCGAAGGGAGUUUGUCCCAAUUGCCAGGUGCCCCUAGCUUGCUUAGGGAUACUGUCCCCCUCCUGGCAUGUCACAGAAUGCAUAGAAUCAGGUUCACAACCUUCUGUAGAAUGUCCAGACGGGAUGUCCUGCACGAACACGAUAGAGGGCCAUUACAGACAGUUUUCUCACUAUGCACUUGCUUUGGCUAGAUCUACAAACAACAAAGAAUUAACAGAUAGCAUUGAGGAAAACAGGCCUGGAAAAAUUUCCAGAAAGGUAUUAAGAUUUCCUGAUGAAGACACCCAAGGCUUGAGCAUGAUGACAUCAAAUAUAAAAACAGAAGAAGCGAUGGAUCCAGAUCCAGGCCAUGUAUCUGAUGCAGAGAGCGAGGACCUGCUGAGUCAGCGAAGCUUGUCAGACAUUUUGGAUGCAGCUCAGAGUGAUAGCAACAUAGAUAAAGUGUCCUCAGACGGCGAGUCAGACAGUAAUGACAAAGAUUGGCUGGGGCUUGGCCUGGAGCCAGGAGAGGAUGCAGACAGUAAAUUGUCACAGGAUGGAAGAAAAAUGAAAGCAGAGUUUUCCUCAGAGGAAGAUGAGAUGGAAGAACUGAAGAAGUUGGGAGUGGAUGAUAUUUUUAAUGAUGAUGAUUCUACUUUGUGUUUUUCUUCUCAGGAAGAAUCAGCUGCUGUUGUCUCAAGUUGUGAAUUGAAAGGUAAAAAGCGGACUACAUUAACCAUGAAGAAUUCUUUGUCUUCAAGAUUAAAGAGAUCACCAGAUAAGCAUUCCAAAUAUGAUCAAAUCAAAGCACAUCCAGAAGAUAUGGUUGAUGAAAAAGAUAUUUGUAGCCAAGGGGCAAGUAAUGGGCAAAAUUCAGAAAGCCUUAAAGGUAACACAGAUAUUAAGGAAGUACAUGUACAUGUACAUUGUAUUUCUGACUCUGAUUCAGACUUUCAAGACUGUGAAGAUUCAGUUUCUUUGUCACAGAAAGCUAGAUGGGCUAAGAUGUUCACACCUCAGAAGUGUUCACAAAGCUCAGGAAGUUCCCAAAAUAACUCAGGAAGAAAAAGUUUGUCACAGAAAUCUACCUCUUCCAACAGAUCUUCUGCAAGAAAACGAAAAAGUUUGCCAGCAAGUUUAACCUCUCCUCAAAAAUCAUCAGAGAAAAAGACGGGUUUACCUCCAAAAGCCAACUCAGGGAAGAAAAGAAAAAACUGUGUGAAUGCAGAAGAAAACUUGUCAAAUAUCACAGUUAGAUCUGAAUCCAUGGCGAAACACCAAAUAGAUAUGACAACUGAACUUAAAAAUAAGAAUAAGCAGACAUCUUUAACUUCGUUUUUCAAUGGAAAAAGCAUAAAGUCCUCAGGGAUACCACAAAAAGAAGAAAAUUCAUCAAGAACCAUGUCAACCACAAACAUGGAUGGGGAUAACAGCGAUAAAACUUAUGAAAAAGUGACAAAUAAAUCAAGUAGAACUGCUCUGAAUGAAGUUACAAAUAAAGUCAAAGGUUCAAAGAGGAAUUCACUUGUUCCACAAGUGGAAGGUGUAAGUGUUUUAAAGAGGAGUCCUAGAAUGUAUGACAGUGGUCCAUCUACUGAGGGCAGAAGCCAAUGUUCUGAUAUUACAGCAAGUCAUUCAACAAAGUCUGGCAAAGGCAUAGACCCUUCUCUUGGUAAAUCCACAAACUUAUGUACUGCUACAUCAGCUGAUGACAAGAUGGCUUCUACAAAGUCUACUAAACCUAAUGCAAUGGAGUUCCUAAUGUCAAAGCAAAAGAAACCCAAGUCUGAACCGUUGGAAAAGUCUGUGAGUGUGGCAUCAAUUUCAGAAUUGACCAUCCCCACAGCAGAGAAACAACAGAAGAAUGCCAACCGCUACCAAAAGAGAAGUUGUCCUUUCUACAAGAAAAUUCCAGAUACCGAGUUCACAGUGGAUGCCUUCAGUUAUGGCGUGAUUCCGGGGUGCACCGGGUACAUUCUGUCUCAUUUUCAUUAUGAUCAUUACACCGGCAUGACAAAGUCCUUCUCUCAGCCAAUUUACUGCAGCAAGAUCACUGCAAACUUAGUUUUAUCUAAAAUCAAAGUCAAGGAGUCCUUUGUGCAUACUCUUCCUCUGAAUAAAGCGACAGUUGUGAAUGGCGUGGAGCUUACUUUUCUGGAGGCCAACCACUGCCCUGGAUCAGUGCUGAUCCUGUUCAAACUAAGGGAUGGAAGGGCCUUCCUACACACGGGGGAUUUCCGAGCUGACCCCAGCAUGGAAAAGUACCCUGCUCUGAGGGGAGUUAGGAUAUCACAGCUCUACUUAGAUACCACAUACUGUAAUCCGACCUACGCAUUCCCUCCCCAGAGUGAGGUGAUUGACUUCACUGUUAACCUGGUACGACGGGAGCUCCAGAGAAAUCCCAGAACCCUCAUUGUGUGUGGUUCCUACACCAUAGGCAAGGAGAGGAUAUUCAUAGCUAUUGCUGAUGCCCUUGGUUGUAAGAUUUGUGUGAUGCGAGACAAGAAGAACGUCCUGGACUGCUUGGAGGAUAUCAGCCUCAAAGAGAGAAUAAGUCUGAAUUUUAACGACUCUUGUCUCCAUGUUUUACCCAUGAACAAACUCAAUCCUAAGGCUCUCCUGGAGCAUUCUGGGAAGCUGAAACCAUCCUAUGGUAAUACCCUGGCGAUAGAACCCACUGGCUGGACCUUCAGCAAGGUCAGCUCUCUGCAGGAAAUACGACCCAAGUACAACAGGGAUGGAGUCAAGAUCUAUGGUAUUCCAUACUCUGAACACAGCAGUUACCUGGAGCUUCAGAGAUUUGUACAGUUCGUUAAGCCAGGUAAAAUCAUCCCAACGGUCAACGUGGGCAACCCUGCCAGCCGAGCCAAGAUGAAGCAGAUCUUUGAGGAAUGGGGGCGAGGAACGAGCAAGGUCCAAAAGAAGAACAAUCAAACCUCCAUUAGUUCAUGGGCAUGCCAAUGAUGGCUGUAUUAAAUUAGUAAAUGUUUGGGGUAAUUUAUAUCUCAGGCAUAAAGUUGAUGAAUUUUUCUACCCUUUUUUUUUAUCUUUGAUAAAUUACCAAUUGUGCCUUUGGUGAAUAUUAUACAAUUAAUGCUCAGUCUUUCUUACUUCAAGUAUUGUUACAGUUGUGUCAUUUGUAAAAAUUCAAUUACGAUCAGGCAAUGCAUACAAAUGUUUUGUUAUUAAUUUAUUAUACACUUUAUUUAUUCAAUAAAAAGUCAUUGAAAAUUA